AUCGGAGUCACCACUGGCUUCACAAGGAGCAGGUUGGAUGUCUUGUUGGUUGAAGUCAAGAAACAAGAUGAAGUGAUCCUUGGUGCUCACCCCAAGCCUUUCAUGGUUUACCGCAAUCUGAGCCUUCUAGAUGUGCCCAAUAUUCAGUCUGUUGUGAAGGUUGACGACACCGUGUCCGGCGUUGGUGAGGCACUGUCUGCAGGAUGCUGGGGUUUCGGAGUUGCCCGCCACAGCAACUACAUGGACAUUAACAGCCUAGAAGAGGAAGCCCAGUUGUCUGAGGAGGAUAUCCAGAAGAGGGUAGCUCACACUCCAAAGACACAGACAGGCGCUCACUACGUCAACGACACCAUCAAGGAGCUUUCAGGAGUCGUCGCUGAUAUUAACACCAGAUUGGCAAGAGGAGAGAGACCAUAA